GUCACAACAAUGGCCCUACUAUCGAAACAGCUGCCUCGGGGGCGAUGGGCCUCGGUUCUCCGCAUUGGCAACCAUCUUCCUGCCUUACCGAACCAUAGGCCAAUAGCCGCUGCCCCCAAACAACGGGAACGAGCGCAAAAGGAAGCACUAUUAUUAAUACGUCACUCCAGUUCCGGUUCAUCCAAGUCAUCUACAAACUACAACAGCACAGCCAGCGAAUCAAGCUCCACAAUGGAAGAAGGAAGGCUCCAUUCUCUGACGUUCCGCGACCGGCUGGCGACAGAGUACCGCUGGACGGUCGCCCCGCUCAUCGUGGGCGCGCCGAUGCGGGUCAUGUCGGGUCCCGAGCUGGCCGUGGCCGUGUCCCGCGCCGGCGGGCUCGGCUUUAUCGGGCCGGGCCUGAAACCGGAGAGCACGGCGGCCGACCUGGAGACGGCCAAGGGGCUGCUGCUCGCCUCUUCUUCUUCUUCUUCUUCUUCUUCUUCUUCUCCUCCUCCUCUUGCUUCUGAUUCCUCUGAUUCUUUCUCCUACGGCAUCCCGCAGCGCGACGGCGUGCUCCCUGUAGGAGUCGGGUUCCAGCUCUGGAACGGCGACGUUGACGUGGCCGCGGCGGCGGUCGCGCGGUACCGCCCGGCGGCGGCGUGGCUCUUUGCGCCGCGGCACGGCCAGCCCGACGUGGACGCGUGGACGCGGCGGCUGCGCGAGGCGUCGCCCGAGACCCGCGUCUGGCUGCAGGUCGGCACGCUGCGGGAGGCGCUCGACGCGGCGCGGAGCGCGUCCCCGCCGGACGUCCUGGUCGUCCAGGGCGCCGAGGCGGGCGGGCACGGCCGGGCGUCGGACGGCACCGGGUUCGUCACGCUCCUGCCCGAGAUCGCGGACGCGACGCGGGACUCGGGCAUCCCGCUGAUCGCGGCGGGCGGCGUGGCCGACGGGCGCGGGGUGGCGGCCGCGCUGGCGGUCGGCGCGGCGGGCGUGGCCAUGGGCACGCGGUUCCUGGCCUCGCACGAGGCGCGCAUCAGCAAGGGCUACCAGGACGAGGUGGUCCGGGCGGCCGACGGCGGCGCCAACACGGUCCGGACGCACCUGUACAACCACCUCCGGGGCACGUUCGGCUGGCCGGAGCAGUUCAGCCCGCGCACCAUCAUCAACCGGAGCUGGGCCGAGCAUCAGGCCGGCACCCCGUUCCAAGAGAUCAAGAAACGCCACGACGAGGCCGUCAGUAAGGGAGAUGCCGCGUGGGGGCCCGACGGGUGGACCGCGACCUACGCCGGUGCCAAUAUCGGCUUGAUCAGGAGCGUAGCCGCCGCCGGCGACAUCGUACGAGAGGUCAGAAGUGAAGCGGUGAGGAUCAUUCAGACAUUGAGCGGCCUGUAAACGCUAGCUAGCACUAAAUCAUACACACGGAGAAACCUCGU